UGUGAUCUGGGCUUCCCGGAUGAGACGCACUGUAUCUCUACUUUCUGCACCGUUAUAACAGGACCGCUCCCAAACACACUACACCAUGGAUUUGAUGACAGAUCAGGACGUGCAAAAGUACACAGAGGAUGGUUACGUGGUUCUGGACGGGCUGCUGACCUCCCAGGAGUGUGAUGAACUGAGGCAGAGGAUGACUGAGAUUGUUGAGCGGAUGGACGUCCCCGAGCACUGCCGCACCACUUUCUCCACCUACCAUGACGAGCAGCUCAAGACACAGAUGCAGGGAAAUGCUGAUUAUUUCAUCACAAGUGGAGAUAAGAUCUGCUUCUUCUUUGAGAAGGGGGUUUUUGAUGACAACGGAGAAUUCAUAAUCCCAAAGCAGCGCUCACUUAAUAAAGUUGGACAUGCAUUGCAUGCACACGAGCCUCUGUAUAAAAAAGUUACUCAUUCACCAAGAGUGCAGGGCAUCGCCAAGAAGUUGGGUCUUCAAAAUCCUGUUAUACUGCAAAGCAUGUACAUUUUUAAGCAACCAGGAAUUGGUGGGGAAGUAACAUCACACCAAGAUGCCACAUUUCUGUACACGGAGCCUCUGGGUCGAGUUUUGGGACUGUGGAUCGCCCUGGAGGACGCCACGGUUAACAACGGCUGCUUGUGGUUUUUACCAGGGUCGCACAACAGUGGCAUCACUCGCCGUAUGGUACGCACCCCAAAAGGCACCUUUCCACUGACGGACUUCACUGGUCGAGAGCAGACGUAUGAUGAAGAUAAGUUCAUUCCUGCACCAGUUAAAAAAGGUGGUGUGGUCCUUAUCCACGGGGAAGUGGUGCAUCGAAGCGCUGAAAACACUUCGGAGGACUCUCGCCAUGUCUACACCUUCCACAUCAUGGAGGCUCUGGACACUCGCUGGAGCCCAGACAACUGGUUGCAGCCCACGGAGGAGCUCCCUUUUCCACUUCUCUACGCUAAAUGAUUUUUUUAUUUUUGCUUUAAGAUCCAUGCUGAAGGACCAAUGUGUAUGAACAGUUUUUAAGAAAAAUAUCAUAUAUAUAUAUAUAUAUAUAUAUAUAUAUAUAUAUAUAUAUGUAUAUGUGUGUAAACCAGUACAGUGGUUCUCUUUUAUUAUAUGUCACAACCGCCCGAAGUAGUCAGGUUGGUGUUCAAAAAUCCACCCUGCAUCCUCCUUCUAACAUAAUAAAGAAUCUUGAGAGAUCUUCAGUACUUAUAUGGGAAAAAAAGAAAAGUUUGUAGCUUAUUUUUCACAAUUCUAAUCUUGGUUAAAAUACUAAACUAAAAUGCUGUGUAACUUAACAGUUUCAAAGGAAAGUACAAAUCUGGUUUCAAAAUAAAUUGUCCAGAGUAUGUAUGUAAAUAAAAACACAAUACAAUGAUUUGAAACAACUCAUAACUCACAUUCUAUUCAACAAUCGAGUUUUUAAUGUUUAAUCUUAUUUUAUUUUGUAUUAUUCUUCAUCUCACAAUGUGCCAAAGGUUUUCAACUGAUGAAGGCCUGGAAUACAGGAAUUAUAAUAAUAAUACAUUUUAUUUAGAGAGCGCUUUUAAAAGAUCUCAAAGACGCUUCACAGACACAAAGGUAAAACAUCGAUCAAGAAACGCUGCCCAUAGUGCCGAAACAGAGAAGAACCUGAUCAAAAUCAUUCAACUUGUUUUUAUAAUGAACCCUCCGCUGCCCUCGACUGGAUUGGUUAUAGAUUUGAACAUUGUCUUAUCUUUAAAGUUUAAAUGGUCUGCAUCCGUGGAUCCUCAUUGCAGGAAGGAAUCGGCUGCUACUGGUGGACUUUCAGGUGAACCCAACUCAGGAUACCUGCUGAUGGACUGAAUUGUUAGCUGGAAUACUUUUAUGAAAAACAAUAGCAUUAAAUGUAGAUGGGUUUGUGAAACUUUCUACAGUGUCAUGGUUAAGCAUAAUACUAUGCUCGCAAAAUCGCCAGUGUGAGAGAUUCAGAAACAAUCCCCCUUUAUCUAAAAUAUUCAACUUUUCAUCUCAAGGUCAUGUCCUGAUAAAGGUUUGUACUUCCACGUUGAGAACCACUGGACUGGUAUGCAUGUCUAUAGUUGAUCACAGCCAUCCUGCAUUUGACCAAAUAUUGUGUUUUUAAAUGAAUGUAACUGUGAUAAACAUUUUAAUCAUUUAGCUCAGCUUCCCGUGAUCCCUCCACAUUGAAGCUGAUAUAUCCACUUUUUAUUCCAUCAACACCAACCAGCAUUACUGAAGAUACUUGUUCCAACUUUGUAUCCAGAUAAGAGUUUUAUUUUUACAGACAACUUGUAUGAACUUGUUUUCAAGUAUGUUCAUUUUAAGAUAAAACUCAAAUGAAAAAAUAAGUAAACUUCACGUCUGGAUGAUUUCAAACCACGACAUCUGAACUUCUUUAGCAAGUCACAAAAUAAAACCAAGAAACCGAAUGGGUUCGUGUUUGAGAUGUAAAAGUACAGACACGGGUCACUGUUCUCAGGAGGCAUAUCAGCUUUAUCUUCUGUGAUGCACUCAACAUGCAAGAUUACAUUGUUUAAAAAUGUAAAGAUGAUUGCAAAAACAACAGACUAUCAUGCUUAUAAACUGUCAUUACAACAUUUAAAAAAAAUCCCCCAAAAUAAAUUAUUUUACAAACUAAUGUACACAAAUCAGUGUGGAAAAUAAAGUUCUGGUCAUAAACUGCAGCCUCCUCAUCUAAAAAAAAAAAAAAGAUGAGAUCAAACCAGAUGACAUUUGAGGACAGUUCUACGGAGCAUUUAAAAAAUUAUUUGGAACUAUGUUGCCAAACAUGAAGGGAGCCUGUAUUUGAUGGUUUGGCUCAAAGCUGAUCUACAGAGUUGAAAAAGGA